ACAGAACUGUUCCACCUUCGAGCGGGCAACAAGUGUGUGUGCGGCCCAAAAGGAUCCCCAGACCCCCGAAUUCACUCUAGUUCCUAGUAAGGGCACAGGUUUCAGAGAUGGGCAUUGCCUUGAUGUUCCUGCUGGCCCUGUACCAGAUGCAGUCGGCCAUCCACAGCGAGAUCAUCGAUACGCCCAACUAUGCGGGCAACUCGUUGCAGGACGCUGACUCCGAGGUGAGUUCUCCGCAGGACAAUGACCUAGUAGAUGCACUGCUCGGCAACGAUCAGACCGAGAGAGCGGAGCUGGAGUUCCGGCACCCCAUCUCCGUGAUAGGCAUCGACUACUCGAAGAACGCCGUGGUGCUGCACUUCCAAAAACACGGCCGGAAACCGCGCUACAAGUACGAUCCCGAGCUGGAGGCCAAGCGUAGGUCCGUGCAGGACAACUUCAUGCACUUCGGCAAGAGGCAGGCGGAGCAGCUGCCACCGGAGGGCACCUAUGGGGGAUCCGAUGAACUGGAGGGCAUGGCCAAGCGGGUAGCCAUGGAUCGGUAUGGCAGAGAUCCGAAGCAAGACUUCAUGCGGUUUGGUCGAGAUCCGAAACAGGACUUUAUGAGGUUUGGCCGGGAUCCGAAGCAGGACUUCAUGAGAUUCGGUCGGGAUCCCAAGCAGGAUUUCAUGAGAUUCGGCCGAGAUCCCAAGCAGGAUUUCAUGAGGUUUGGACGCACUCCUGCUGAGGAUUUCAUGAGGUUCGGACGCACUCCGGCGGAGGACUUCAUGAGGUUCGGUCGCUCCGACAAUUUCAUGCGCUUCGGACGCAGUCCGCACGAGGAGCUUCGCAGUCCCAAACAGGAUUUCAUGCGAUUCGGUCGCCCGGACAACUUCAUGCGCUUCGGGCGCUCCGCUCCGCAGGAUUUUGUACGUUCCGGGAAGAUGGACUCAAACUUCAUUCGAUUCGGUAAGAGCGUGAAGCCGGCGGCUCCCGAGUCCAAGCCAGCCAAGCCCAAUCAAGGCAACCCAGGCGAACGCAGUCCAGUGGACAAGGCCAUGACGGAGCUGUUCAAGAAACAGGAGCUGCAGCAGGUGAAGAACGGCGCUCAGGAGACCACCACGGAGGAUGGGAGUGUGGAACAGGACCAGUUCUUCGGCCAGUGAAGAAGUCCUGCGGGACGCCUCCUUGUAAAUAGAUAUGGACAAAUGUACGCAAGGAUCUAAAUUGAUAUACGUAUACCCCACUCCUCACACGAACUCCUGACGUAUGCCUGAACUAUGAAUUUUUAAUGAAUGGGCUGGAUUAAAAAUUCACCGUGCUUCGAAGUUCUUAUCUAUAAAUAUAUCUAGUGUAAUACUGAAGAAAUUGAAAUUGGCGUGAAAAAAAUCCUGUGCCAACAUUUUAAAUAAAGAUUGCUUUAUUGUAAAUUA